CCACAGAGCCUGGGGCUGGGGGAGUUCCCAGGUCCCUGACGCUCACUCCACCUCCUCACUCUCGUGUCAUUUCCCACCUGCUGUGGGCCCUGUGGUAUCUCCAUCACUGAGGCACCUGGUUACCCUUCCCCUCCUGUUUCCUAAUGCCCUCACCACAUUUUCUCACCUCUACCUCUUCACCCUUCCGCCCCAGGCUCCUCCCAUCCCUCCUCCCUCACUCCUGACUCUUCCUCCUCCCAGCUGACCACUGGAUCCCUCCUCCCUCACUCCUCUUCCCUCCCUCACCUUGACCACCCGACGACGCCCCCUUCCCUGCCUCUUGCUUUCUGCUCCCUCAUUCUCUCCCCAUCGCUCUCCUCUCAUAGCCCCCUCUUCCCUUCCCCUUCCCUCACUCUCUCAGCUUUCUUCCCUCAGUUGAGCUUGGACAGCUAUUUCUGGGGAUAGCUAUGGAGCUGGGGUGGAAGAAAGGGGCAGCGGCUCCCCAGGGACAGAAUCCAAGACAAAUACCUAUAAAGGGGCCUAAACCUAGCAAGAAAAAAAUGAAGAGGAAAAAAAAGAAGAGAGAUACAGAGGAACUGAAGAAGGAAGUGGUUAUGGACGAUCACAAAUUAACCUUGGAAGAACUGAGCACCAAGUACUCCGUGAACCUGACAACGGGCCAUAGCCACCAAAGGGCAAAGGAAAUCCUGAUUCGAGAUGGACCCAAUACCCUUACCCCACCCCCUACCACUCCAGAAUGGGUCAAAUUCUGUAAGCAACUGUUCGGUGGCUUUUCCCUCCUACUGUGGACUGGGGCCAUUCUCUGCUUUGUGGCCUACGGCAUCCAGAUAUACUUCAAUGAGGAGCCUGCCAAAGACAACCUCUACCUGAGCAUCGUACUCACUGUGGUGGUUGUCAUCACCAGCUGCUUCUCCUAUUAUCAGGAGGCCAAGAGCUCCAAGAUCAUGGAGUCUUUUAAGAACAUGGUGCCUCAGCAAGCUCUGGUAAUUCGAGAAGGAGAGAAGUUGCAAAUUAAUGUACAAGAUGUGGUGUUGGGAGACCUCGUGGAAAUCAAGGGUGGAGACCGAAUCCCCGCUGACCUCCGGCUUAUCUCUGCACGCGGAUGUAAGGUAGACAACUCGUCCUUGACUGGGGAGUCAGAACCCCAGUCCCGCUCCACUGACUUCACCCAUGAGAACCCUCUGGAGACCCGAAACAUCUGCUUCUUUUCCACCAACUGUGUAGAAGGAACCGCCCGAGGUAUUGUGAUUGCUACCGGAGACUCCACAGUGAUGGGCAGAAUCGCCUCCCUGACAUCAGGCCUGGAGGUUGGCCAGACGCCCAUCGCCGCUGAGAUCGAACACUUCAUCCGUCUGAUCACUGUGGUGGCCGUCUUCCUUGGUGUCACUUUUUUUGUGCUCUCACUUCUCUUGGGCUAUGGCUGGCUGGAGGCUAUCAUUUUUCUCAUUGGCAUCAUUGUGGCCAAUGUGCCUGAGGGGCUGCUGGCCACGGUCACUGUGUGCCUGACCCUGACCGCCAAGCGCAUGGCGAAGAAGAACUGCCUGGUGAAGAACCUCGAGGCAGUGGAGACACUGGGCUCCACGUCCACCAUCUGCUCGGACAAGACGGGCACCCUCACCCAGAACCGCAUGAUCGUCGCCCACAUGUGGUUUGAUGAAACUGUGUAUGAGGUGGACACCAGCGAAGAACAGACUGGGAAAACAUUUGCCAAUAACUCUGAUACCUGGUUUAUCCUGGCCCAAAUCGCUGGCCUCUGCAACCGGGCUGACUUUAAACCUAAUCAGGAGACUCUGCCCAUUGCUAAGAGGGCCACAACAGGUGAUGCUUCCGAGUCAGCCCUCCUCAAGUUCAUCGAGCAGUCUUACAGCUCUGUGGCAGAGAUGAGAAAGAAAAACCCCAAGGUGGCAGAGAUUCCCUUUAAUUCUACCAACAAGUAUCAGAUGUCCAUCCACUUUCGGGAGGACAGCUCCCAGACCCACGUGCUGAUGAUGAAGGGUGCUCCGGAGAGGAUCUUGGAGUUUUGUUCUACCUUUCUUCUGCAUGGGCAGGAAUAUUCGAUGGACAAUGAACUAAAGGAAGACUUCCAAAAUGCCUAUUUAGAACUGGGAGGUCUUGGGGAACGUGUGUUAGGCUUCUGCUUCUUGAAUCUGCCUAGCAGCUUCUCCAAGGGAUUCCCGUUUAACACAGAUGAAAUAAAUUUUCCCAUGGAUAACCUUUGUUUCGUGGGCCUCAUAUCCAUGAUUGACCCUCCCCGAACUACAGUGCCUGACGCUGUGAACAAGUGUCGUAGUGCAGGAAUCAAGGUGAUCAUGGUAACGGGAGAUCAUCCCAUUACAGCUGAGGCCAUUGCCAAGCGUGUGGGCAUCAUCUCAGAAAACACCGAGACAGCAGAGGAAGUUGCUGCCCGGCUGAGGAUCCCUGUCAGCAAGGUUAAUCCCAGGGAUGCCAAAGCCAUUGUGGUGCAUGGUUCACAACUAAAGGAUCUACACUCAGAGCAGCUUGACCAGAUCCUUCGGAACCACACUGAGAUCGUGUUUGCUCGGACCUCCCCUCAGCAGAAGCUCAUCAUUGUGGAGGGAUGUCAGAGGCUGGGAGCCAUUGUGGCCGUGACGGGUGAUGGGGUGAACGACUCCCCAGCACUGAAGAAGGCUGACAUUGGCAUUGCCAUGGGCAUCUCUGGCUCUGACGUCUCUAAACAGGCGGCCGACAUGAUCCUGCUGGACGACAACUUUGCCUCCAUCGUCACGGGGGUGGAGGAGGGCCGCCUGAUCUUUGACAACCUGAAGAAAUCCAUCAUGUAUACCCUGACCAGCAACAUCCCAGAGAUCACCCCCUUCCUGGUGUUCAUCAUCCUGGGUAUACCCCUGCCUCUGGGCACCAUAACCAUCCUCUGCAUUGAUCUCGGCACUGACAUGGUCCCUGCCAUCUCCUUGGCUUAUGAGUCAGCUGAAAGCGACAUCAUGAAGAGGCGUCCACGGAACCCAAAGAUGGAUAAACUGGUGAACCGCCGUCUCAUUAGCAUGGCCUAUGGACAGAUUGGGAUGAUCCAGGCUGUGGCUGGAUUCUUCACCUACUUUGUAAUCAUGGCUGAGAAUGGUUUUAGGCCUAUUGAUCUGCUGGGCAUCCGCCUCUACUGGGAAGAUAAAUUCUUGAAUGACUUGGAGGACAGCUACGGACAGCAGUGGACCUAUGAGCAGCGAAAAGUUGUGGAGUUCACGUGCCAAACAGCCUUUUUUGUCACCAUCGUGCUUGUGCAGUGGGCGGAUCUCAUCGUCUCCAAGACCCGCCGCAACUCAGUUUUCCAGCAGGGCAUGAGAAACAAAAUCCUAAUAUUCGGGAUCCUGGAGGAGACAUUCUUGGCUGCAUUUCUGUCCUACACUCCAGGCAUGGAUGUGGCCCUGCGAAUGUACCCGCUCAAGAUAAGCUGGUGGUUCUGUGCCCUUCCCUACAGCAUUCUCAUCUUCGUCUACGAUGAAAUCAGAAAACUCCUCAUCCGUCAGCGGCCAGGUGGCUGGGUGGAGAGGGAGACCUACUACUAAACUCAGCAGAGGAAGAGCUUCAUGUGACACAGGGUGUCGUGAGACGGGGGGGAGGACAGAGAUUAUAAGUUUGACACAACAUCUGAGACCCUAGGAUGAAUUACCUUGGAUGAGAAAGACGCAAUCCUGGGAUAGCUUGAGGGCAGAAGAUGAGGUGGGCUUAAGGGAAGCCCAGCCUGCGUCUAGCUGGAGCCCGGCAGGGAGGGGUAUGGGCCUGCUGAAUCCCAUAGCCAGUCUAGACAGUAAAUAUCUGGAAAAGCC